AUGACUAUGCCACUCUACUUGAAAAAUGAAAAGACCCAAUGGGUAGUCCAUGUGGAUGGUUCCGCCACCCAAAAUGGGUGUGGAGCCGGCAUCAUCUGCGAAUCACCAGAAGGGGAUGUCUAUGAAUAUGCAAUGUGUUUCAACUUUCAAGCGUCAAACAAUGAAGCUGAAUAUGAAGCCUUGAUAUGUGGAAUCCAAAUGAGCAAAGCAGCUGGAGCAAUAGAGGUCCUGAUCCUAUCUGACUCACAGCUAAUUGUCAGUCAAGUAAGGGGAGAAUAUGAAGCCAAGGACGACGCCAUGAUAAAUUACUUGGAAAAAGUCCGCCAAGAAGUACAGCAGCUGACUAGCUUUGAAAUACAACGUGUACCACGGUCCGAAAACAGCAAGGCAGACGCCUUAUCCAAGUUGGCCAGCUCAGCAUCUUGCGACACACCACGUCAUGUAUUUUGGGAGGUAAAACAGACCAAGAGCAUUGAUAUCUUGAGGAUGGCCAUCUCAGACCGGACGGCCACCUGGAUGGACGAUAUAGUCAAUUUCAAAAUGAAUGGGGUGCCCCCUGAGGAUUACAAAAGAAAUGUACCUGAGAAAGGGCAUGAAGUACUGGAAGAUCUCCAUCAGGGAUUAUGCAGCUCUCACAUAGGGGGGAGGGCCUUGGCAGAAAAAGCUCUAAGAACUGGAUAUUAUUGGCCCACUCUCAAAGAAGACGCCCUUGACUUGGUUAAGCGGUGUGAUAAAUGUCAACGGUUUGCUCAUCUAAUUCAACGAUCGGCUCAAAAGCUAACACCCAGCACCAGUCCUAUACCAUUUGCCAAAUGGGGGAUGGACCUAUUAGGCCCUUAUACGAUGGCCCCAAGAGGACUGCGCUAUAUGAUAGUUGCUGUCGACUAUUUCACCAAAUGGGUAGAAGCUGAAGCCAUGAAAAACACCAAGGCACAUGACGUGAGAGCCUUCAUCUGGAAAAACAUCAUUACAAGAUUCGGCGUGCCUCAGUCCAUUGUCUUUGAUAAUGGGCCACAAUUAAAGACACCCAAAUUGGAAAGCUGGUUGGCUGAUCACGGCGUCGCGGCAUGUUUUGCAUCAGUUGGCCGUCCUCAAGCAAACGGACAGAUUUCCUACCAGAAACCAGAGGGAACACGGCUCUACGCUAGCAACUAUACAAACUCCGGAUGA